UCGCUCGCUCGCUCUCGGCUCCUAAUCUCCGACGCUCCGUCGCCGCGUCCGUCUUCGCACCUUCAUAAACCCCGCCAUUCGCUUUCUCCGCUCGUUUAAAAACCCGACCUCUCUCGCUUUACCCUCUCUCUCUCGAUCGAUCGAUCGAUCGAUCCAGCAGCAGCAGCAGCAGCACCGCCCCCGGGGAAACCCUAAGCCAUGCACCCCCACUCCUGCUACGCCCUCGAUCCCCUCUCCACGUCCCGGGACCUCGCCGCCGCCGUCCUCUCCUCCUCCUCCUCCUCCCCGCCCCAGAUCCUCUCCGCCUGCGCCGCCGCCGCCGCCUUCCUCCGCUCCCACUCCCCCGACCAGUCCCGCCACUUCUUCUCCCUCGCCUUCCCUUCCCUCAUCGCCAAGCUCUUCGGCUUCGGCGCCGACGACCUCCCUCCCUCCUCCGCCUCCGCCCCCUCCCAAUCGCCCCCCAGGCACGGCUGGAUCGACGCCGCCCUCGCCGCCGGCGACCCCGAGCUCGCCUCCCGGGUCUUCGCCCUCUUCGCCCCCGGCGGCGCCCUCGCGAGCUCGAUCCUCGCCGUCGAUCGGCUCGGGCUCGUCAAGUUCGUGUUCCCGAACGAGCGGUUGCCGGAGUGGGCCCGGUUCGUGCUCGCCAACGCCAAGGACGGACGCGUGGUCGGUGAGCUGUGCUCUCUGUUCAGAGGUAGAGUGGAGGAGGACUCGGUUAAGGGAUCUUCGUGCCAAGUGCAACUGAAUGUGUUCGAGUAUUUCGUGUUCUGGUUCGCGUAUUAUCCCGUUUGUCGGGGGAACUGUGAGAAUUCCGACCGUGUUUCUAUAAAGAAGAGUAGGAUGUUUAGGUUGGAGAACUGGACUAGUCCCAUUCGCGGAUUUUCAGGCGUGAAGCGCGGCAAUGAGCGGAACAACGAGUGUAAUCUAUAUUUGUGGUUGCUAUAUGCGUAUUUGCGUGCUUUUGUGCCUGUCACUGAUGCAGACGCACAUCAACCGUACCGUAGCUCGAUUUUGCAUUAUCCAACGGAGUAUGAUGGAUCAGUGUUGGAGCAAGCUGAGUUCUUUGUCGACACGUUGAUACACUAUUGGCUGGUUGAUAACGAUUUCUCACCUGUAUCUGCAAAUGUAUGCAAGUCGUUUGGUGUGUCGUUUCCAUUUAGUUCGGUUUUGGGAGAAACUCCGCCUACUCCAGGACUGGGUGAAGUGGUGAAGAUAUUUGUGAGGUAUUUGAAUUUGAGUGCUGUUAAGGGUACGGAAGGGAUUGAUAAUGUGGAGAAUAGUGGAGGUCCAAGUUGGAAAGUGUCGAGGUCCUCAGAUGCCAUGAAGUUGAGGGAUAGUGUAAACGGGUCUCAUUUGCUUUCAUGUGGAUCUUGGAAUUGGAAUUUGCGAAUUCAGAGGCCUCUGUAUCGGUACAUAUUGAGGACAUUUUUGUUCUGUCCGGUGGAAGCCUCCAUCAAGAAUGCUUCACAAGUGUUCUCUGUUUGGGUUAGCUAUAUGGAACCUUGGUUCAUCAGCUCAAGCGAUUUCGCUGAGCUUGAUGCAAUUGUUGGUGGAUCUGCAAAGAAUGAGAAAAUGGAGGAAUCACUCACUCAAGAGGAUAGAUAUUCAUCUCGUUGGCGAGGUUAUGUUUUGUCCAACUAUCUCUACUAUAGCUCGUUGGUUAUGCACUUUGUUGGCUUUGCUCAUAAAUUUCUUCACACUGAUCCGGAAGUGAUUGUACAGAUGGUACUGAAGGUUCUGUGUAUACUGACAUCAUCUGAGGAGUUGCUCAAUCUGAUAAAGAAUGUCGAUACUCUAUUUCAUACGAAAGAAGCUGGUUUUGGCAAAUCAACAUUAACUGACUUGUAUGGAUUCAUUCCAUCAAUCCGAGAACAGCUACAGGAUUGGGAGGAUGGCUUAUGCGAGAAUGAUGCCGAUGGAUCCUUCUUGCAUGAGAACUGGAACAAAGACCUACGGCUCUUCAGUGACGGUGAAGAUGGUGGACAACAGCUACUCCAGCUGUUUAUACUCCGAGCCGAAGCCGAGCUGCAGACCCUUUCUGGCGAUAACCUCGCACAAAACCUUCAACACGUAGAUUCUUUGAAAGCCCAGCUUAGCCAGUUGUUUGGUGGUAACUUCUUUAAGCCUGUGUCAGUGACAACCGAAGUGCAAGAGCAGCGAUCUCGGGAUGGAAUAUUCAAGCCUAGAAGAGUGGUCCACAAUUCAUUUGCUGAUAUCAGGUACAAAGGUGACUGGAUGAAACGUCCCGUGUCGGAUGAUGAAAUUGCUUGGCUCGCAAAUUUGCUUGUCAGGUUGUCGGGCUGGCUUAACAAAGCUCUUCGGCUAAACUAUGUCGAAAGUGGUGAUGCUGGUUCUAAAUGGUCGUAUGUUGAGGUGUCAGGCGACAUUGCAGAUGUUUGCGGACCUGUGAAUACGAUGAAAGUACUAUUGUGUGCAGCCGGCUCUUGGCUUCUGAUGAUGGGUGGGGAAGUGGCGGGGUUGAUGAGAAAGCAUGGCCUGAGGGUGAAUCUGAGAAUAUUAGCGUCGAAGAAGAUUGUGAUGGCCUUCCUCGUCUGCAGUUUGUUCGUUCUGUUGAAGAAAGCUGUCGGGAUAUAGCAAAAUCUAUGAUAAAUAUACACAUUGCUUAUGGAAAAGGAGAGAGGGGAAGCACGAAAGAUGUAGAUAUAGAUAGCAACCCAGAGUUUUGUUUCUCUUUCCUUGAUAUGGUUUUCACGUGUUUGGAGUGACGCUGCCUUUUGUUACCCUCUUGUAAUUAAGUGAGAAAUGCGCAGCGUGAGAUUACUCACCUUCCCGGCUCAUCGAACGUCUUUUCUACUUUUACUGUUUUUACCAAAUGAGAUCUUUGCAAUUA